GUUGGGAUGGGGAAAUAACAUUCGGAGCUUUCCUCACAAUUACAAGUCCCGAUUUCCCUUAUAUUUUAGUUUUAUAUCCAACGUGUUGGUUUAUUCUUCUCUCAAUUCACAAUAUGCUCAUCCCCAUUGUUCAAUGGUUCCAUAGGGUUUCGAUUAUGUUCUCUUGAGAGUUUCUCAGCUUGGUUUUGACAGAUAUUCCGGUGUGGAUUUGCACCUUGAAAUAUACAUUCACAUAGAACAUGCUGCGAUGAAGCCUGGUUCUUGGACUCUAUAAUCAGAGUAACGUUACGGAUUAGAGUUUACCCGUACAGUUCGAGCAUGGAUCCUUCUAGGAACGCAGGUGGUGUUGCAGGGACGUUGCCAAUUCCCAGGCUAUUUGUAUGGCCAUAUGGGGGAAGAGAAGUGUAUCUAUGUGGUUCAUUCACACGGUGGUCUGAGUUUCUACGCAUGUCGUCAGUUGAGGGUUGUCCGACUGUAUUUCAAGCCGUUCAUAGCUUGUCCCCUGGUUAUCAUGAGUACAAGUUUUGUAUUGAUGGAGAAUGGCGACAUGAUGAGCAUCAGCCUCAUGUAGCUGGAGAAAAUGGGGUGGUUAAUACUGUAUUUGUGGCUACUAAUCCUAAUGAAAUGCCUAUUCCAACUCCACAAGUAGCUUCUGGUUCUAGCAUGGAUGUGGAUAAUGAGGCUAUCCGGCGCAUGCUUCAGUUGACAGAUGGUACGUUGACUGGGGCAUUGCCUAGAAUGUCAGAUGCUUAUGUACAGACCUCCCGCCAGCGUAUUUCUGCUUUCUUGUCAAUGCACACAGCUUAUGAAUUACUUCCUGAGUCAGGCAAGGUUAUUGCAGUAGAUGUUGAUCUGCCAGUGAAGCAUGCAUUUCAUAUAUUGCAUGAGCAGGGAAUAUCUAUUGCUCCUCUCUGGGACCUCUGCCAGGGGCAUUUUGUUGGCGUUCUUAGUCCUUUGGAUUUUAUUUUAAUUUUGAGAGAGCUUAAGAAUCAUGGAUCCAAUUUAACAGAAGAAGAGCUUGAAACACAUACUAUAUCUUCUUGGAAAGAAGGAAAAUUAUAUCUAAACAGGCAACGCAAUGGACAUGGAACAACCUUUUCAAGACGUUUUAUCCAUGCAAGACCGUUUGAUAAUUUGAAAGAUAUUGCCACAAAGAUCCUGCAAAAUGAGAUUUCAACAGUUCCUGUCAUCCAUUCGAAGUCUGAAGAUGGUUCAUUUCCACAGCUGUUAUAUCUGGCUUCACUUUCUGGAAUACUUAAUUGCAUUUGCAGGUAUUUUAGGCAUUGCUCUAGUUCAUUGCCUAUACUCCAAUUACCGAUUUGUGCAGUUCCUGUGGGAACAUGGGUGCCCAAAAUUGGGGAAUCAAAUAGGCGACCUUUAGCUAUGUUGAGACCUAGUGCAUCUCUUACUUCAGCCCUAAAUUUAUUAGUUCAAGCCCAAAUAAGUUCUAUACCGAUAGUGGAUGACAAUGAUUCAUUACUAGAUAUAUAUUGCCGAAGUGAUAUAACAGCUUUGGCAAAGGACAGGGCUUAUACACGCCUCAAUUUUGAUGAAAUGACUAUCCAUCAGGCUCUGCAGUUAGGCCAGGACUCAUAUCAUUCAUACGAUCUUAGAAGUCAGCGAUGUCAGAUGUGUCUGAGAUCUGAUUCUCUGCAUAAAGUGAUGGAACGGUUGGCAAAUCCAGGCGUUAGGCGUUUAGUUGUCGUGGAAGCUGGCAGCAAGCGAGUAGAGGGCAUUGUUUCACUGAGUGACAUAUUCAAGUUCUUCCUUGGUUAGACUUAGAAUGGAAAAUGAAGAAUUACAAUGGUUUGUGCAGUGGUUAUGACAUUUGUGCAUAUAUUCAAGCAACACCACCUGCUCAGCCAUUUUAAAAGGUUUCCUAUGCCCUCUUUUUUUCUCUUAACUGGUAAUUUGAUCUCUUCACUUAAAAUAUUAUUGGAUUGGCCUCUUGCUUUAUUGCCUUGUUUUAAUGAUUUUAGGCUAGAGAAAGAGGUCUGUAAAUUGAGAGUUUGGCCCCAUUUUUAUUUAUCUUACCCAUCCCUUGUUAUCCUCAUCGUGCUCCCAGUAUAAAUACAAGAAAAAAUGGGAGCUUAAGAUCUGUAGUCAUUCUGUACUGUGUUGAAGAUAUGAAGACUGGGGAAGAUAAUUUAUGGGAGGAAGAAUAUUGAAAUUCUGGUGUUUUGUAUAGUUUAUUAUCAGCUUUUGGUCUUUGAAGAGAACUCCUGAGCUGGUACAAUAUGGUUUAAUUUCCCCACCUUCAUUUUCCUCAUUUCAGUGUACAUUGAGAUUUUCCUGGGCAAAUGUAAGCUGAAUGAAUUAUUUUCAUUCAUUUCUGUUAUGGAAAACCUAUCAGUCGGUUUUCACCUACUGAGGUAAGGCUCCUUGGUCUUCUAUUAUGGAACUUGAACGGAGGAUUUUAAGCUUGAUUUUAAGGGUAGGCUCUGUUAUCCUAUAUAUGAUGAGAAUGAGUUCCAUGUUGUGGCAUUUUUGCCCCUUCAAUUUUGUUGUUAACUGUUCAAGAGUGCUUAAUGAGAAUGAGAAAUAAUAUCAAGCAUUGGGCGGAGUUAUUGUUCAAA